AUUGACGGACCGCAUAGUGUCAAAAAAAUGUCAGUUGUAAUUUUCACUCGUACGGGUGACGGGAACUUCGGAAACUUACACAAAUAGUGAUCCGCGAGAUGCUUUCAUCUAAAUAAUCGCAAUAAAAUACACUGAUAAACAGUAGCCUUAUCAGCGUUAGUAUUCAUUUAAAUUGUACACAAUGUCGUCGUUUAUAAAUCAUCGCGACGACAGCUUUGUGAGUGUAGAUGAGGCUUCGACAAAAGAUAGUGUAACGUAUUACAAAAUAAGUGUUAAUGUGGGGCCAGUGCGGUGGAACGUGUUGCAUCGGUACAGUGACUUUGUGGAGCUGCACGACAAGCUGGUGACCGACCAUGGCGUCGCGAAGGAACUCCUUCCUCCGAAAAAGGUCAUACGCAACAAAACUCCGAAAUUCGUGGAACAGAGGAGGGAAGCUCUUAGCGAGUACUUGAAGAAUGUGUUUAAUUACCUAAGGCUAACGAUGCCGUCCGAGUUCGCUCACUUCCUUGACUUCCAUUUGUAUGAUAUAUUUUUCUUGCUGCAAGAUUUAGCAAAAACUCUUUUCUUGGAAGGUGAUAAGCUUCUGCAGAAUGAGAAGUCACAUAAGUUUAGUCCUUUGGAGUUACACGCAAUAAGUGAAAGAUUAAAAAUGGCAUGUCCGCCAACCGAGAAACAAGACCAAAUGUACGACUUCAGUCAUGUGCUGGACUUCUGCUCACAACUACGGUCUCUAAACAUCGAAGGAAGUUACGAGAAACUUGGUACUAGCAACGUAAUACCAAAUGAUCUGCGUUUUGAUCUGAUACCAUUUAAGUCUCUUGUUGAUUUGAAGAUACUUGGUGUACCGAUGGCCUGUAUUCAGAGUGUUGGUGGCCUCCGCGACACCCUCGUGAGUCUCUCCGUAUUGACGGCCAGUGUCGUGUCACUCAACGAGUUCCUGCUUGUUGAUAUCCUGCACAAGGACCCCUCGAGCAUCGCUGAUACAGUGAAAUGGAAGAAGCUAUCACUGAUAAACUUCGCGAGCAACAACAUACAGAUCGUGGACUGGGCAAUAAGACUCGUCCCGAAACUACAGCACCUCAGCCUCAGCUCGAACAAGCUAAAGGAACUGUGCGACAUCUCCUGUCUCCACGAACUCCGAGUCCUGAACCUCUCCAUGAACAGCUUCUCGGCCUGCGAGAACUGGCACGCGAAGAUCGGCAACAUAGUCAAAAUAGAUCUGUCACAGAACAAAGUGGAAAGUCUUCGCGGUUUCUCCAGACUCUAUUCAUUAGAAAGCCUCGAUCUAAGCUGUAAUAUCAUAACAGAUGUCGAAGAAGUCCAGCAUAUUUGUAAUCUUCCCUGUUUAGAAUAUCUAUGGUUAACAGCUAACCCUGUAGCGUCAUCCAUAGACUAUAGAGUGAAAGUCAUAGAACAGUUUAACGCGAGGAUGACGGAGCUGUGCUUGGAUAACGAGAAAGCGUCUGAGAAAGAAUUAGACACAGCGAGAGUACUUCAAGCGUUAAGGGUUGUCAAAGAAGGUAAGACGCCCAGUUUCUUACAGAAUAAUAAUACGACUCACAGUUUCCAUAAGAGUUGACAGUAAACGUUAUUAUUAUAAGCUUAAGGUAGGUUUUUGUAUGCAAAUAUUUCACUAUCCCAAGAAAAUCAACUUCACUAGCGCCGAAAAUAUAUAUUCUGUUAAAUUGUUUAUUUUUUUAUAAGUAGUAAUAUUAUGUGAAGAAUUUUGCAGACUCGUAUUUUUAGUUGAAAACAAAAUAGCUAUAAAUUGAUUCUACUGACUUAUCUGUAUACAAGUACCAGAUAAAAAACUAAACAAAUUAUAGCUAAUCAAAUAUCUUUACUAAAUUCAUUUAUUUUUGCUUUAAAACUCAUUUGUAAGAAGUUUCUGUUCCUUGACAACCUUAUUUCGUGAUGUUCUUAAAAAGAUCUUUAUUUUUAAAUCAAGCUUCUAAAGUUGUCUUUUUGUAAAACAUUUUAACACUCCUAAGAUUAACUUGUGAUAAUUCAUGAUUUGUUGCAAUCCUAUUAAUUUUUUAUAAUGCUUGAAAUAUUAUUUACGAAUGUGAUAUUUAAUCCUAUGAUAAAUAACUUGUAUUUUUAAUAUUAUAAUGGAAUUGACCAAUAAUAUUUAAGUAUAGAUUACGAGUGCCUAUUAAGGUAAUGGCGAAUUCGUAAACAUUGCGUUUCAUGUAAGUAGAUGAAAUCUAUUCGAAAAUCUAAGUAUAAUUUCGAAUAUUAUAAUGUAAUUGGAAAAAACAGCUUAAACAGCCAUCCGUUGUUUUACUGCGCUAAUAUUUCUUGGUGUUAAACUUAGCUCUAUUGCGUAACUAAAGCAUGCAUGCUUUACUGGCAAAAGUCUCUUGAAGAAAACACACCUUACAAAUUAAGUAUUAUGGUUUUGUGUAACUGACCAAGGAUUGCCAAAGAUUGAUUGAUAUUUCAAAGAAUGUUUGCUAAAAACUUUUCUAAUUGUCUAAACAUGUUUAUAAUGUAAUUAAAACUGAAGACAACCUCAUUUUAUAACAGAUAUGUACUGACAAUAAAUUACAUAAGUAACUAACUAAAAUUAUACAUAUUUCUAAGAUUUAAUCUUGACAAAAUGACCAUCAUACCUAUUGUUAAAUGUAAUUAAAUUGACGAGGACAAAGCUCGAAAAUUAUUGAACAAAAUUAAACUGUUUGUUUAUAGAGAAAAGAUAGUCUUUGACAAGACUAGAAAAUUUACUAUAAUUUCUUUUCAUACCUAGUUACAAUUAUUUGUUAUUUUAGCUACGCCUAAAAUGCAAAAAAAUCCAACCUAACCAUGUACAUGUACUGCAUUUGAAUUGCAAAUCAUUCGAAUUGAAGUUAAAAUACAAAGCCUUACUUAUAAAAUGUAAUUAUUAGUUAGAUCAUAGAUCAUUAUGCAACAGUGUUUAUACCAGCAUAGACUGAUAAAAACCAAUUACACCGAUUACAAGAGCUGACAUCAUUAGAUCGGUCAUGUGUAUGUUAGCUAAUGAGUUCAAUAGUGCAAGUAUAUGAUAAUAUACUAUCUAUAGAUUAUUCGAAUAAAUUUAAUAAUGUCUUUAAUCUGUUUAGUUUGUCAGACAGAGUUCCACAAAAUAUUGAAUAAGUCUUUUUAAUUUUUUUAAAGUA